GACAGUGUAGGCAGUCUGUGUUGAGAAGCUUACCAUUUUUUGAUAAACAAACCGCUUGCUUGGUUGCAGGUCGCCUCUUAUCAGCCUGUGCAGCUCGAGACCAAAAAGAAUGUAACACGUUCGAAGUCUUGCGUGCGAUUUUAUACCAGCCAGGAUAGCUAGUUAGCUUUUCAAGUUAACGUUACAGUUUUCCUCCUGAAGUUACAAUAAGAAACGAAUCUUAUUUUCACCAUUCUACCAGCUAGCUAACGGUGACUAACUAGCUACGCAUCUGCGACCAAUUUCUAGCGGAAACAGAGUGGAGAAAAAGCACAGUUGUUUUCUCAAUUCUGACCCGGAUUGUCAUUUUAUCGGUGUUAUUGUUGAAAAUGGCGGCGAUUGGAAUGGUGCAGAUGUUGAUCGAAGCUGCAGAAUACCUUGAUCGCAGAGAGAGAGAAGCAGAACAUGGUUAUGCCUCUAUGUUACCCUUCACCAGCAACAAAGAAAGGGACAAUCUAAAGCGGAAAAAUAAAAGCAAGAAAAACUCCAGCAGCAGAUCGACACACAAUGAGAUGGAGAAGAACAGGCGGGCACACUUACGGCUGUGUUUGGAACGCUUAAAAUCACUCGUACCUCUGGGACCAGACACCAACAGGCACACCACUCUCAGCCUGCUGAUGAAGGCCAAGGAACACAUAAAGCGGUUGGAGGAGGGCGAGCGGAAGGCGCAGCACUCCAUCGAGCACCUGCAGAGGGAGCAGCGGCACCUGAGACGCCGGCUGGAGCAGCUGGGGGUGGAGCGCACGCGCAUGGACAGCACGGGCUCCACCGUCUCCUCAGACAAAUCAGACUCAGACCAGGAGGAGCUCGAUGUGGACGUGGACGUAGAUGUGGACGUGGACGUCGAUGUGGAGGGCACUGACUGCCUGCUGGGCGACCUGGAGUGGAGCAGCUCCAGCGUGAGCGACUGGGACGAGCGGGCCAGCUGGCGCAGCAGCGGCAGCGACGAGGGCUACUCCAGCGCCAGCCUGCGCCGCCUGGCAACCCCUCAGGAGAACAGCCCCAAGAGCCCUGUGCUGGGCAGCCUUUAGGGGGCGUGUCAGAGCAUCUCUGAUGCCCCCCCCCCCCCCAUCUCCCCUUACCACCCAAUCUCCUCUGCCCAUUCGCGCACACACACAUAUACACACACACAUAAACACACCUAACCCCUGAAGGCCCGCUCCCUACUCCCUACUCCUGUACGCCGCCUCAUGCACUUCACUUGCUCAGCUUCACUCAGCCCUUACAGCUGCUGCCAAUGCCAACAACCUGUCAAUCAGUCCAAGGUGCCCCCCCCCCUCCCCUGCCCACAUGCCCACAUGCCCACAUGCCUAGCACAACUCGCUGCCACCCGUCACCAUUAGAGCCAGAGCACACAGUCAGUCUCGUGUGUUUAUGUGGGACCUUAUCACCUCCGUCCCAGCCAGAGGUCUUGACCGCUAGCAGCUAGCUCCUCCUGGUCGAGAGCAGAGCCGGUUUUGAAGAUUCAGCUACUCCUGUGUUGUUUGCCAGCCAGUCAGCUUGUAAGAAUCUCUCCGCUCCCUGCCCCCGUAGCCAACCCCCUGCCACCUGUCCUUAACAGGCAGGGCUUCAGUUGGCAUCCAUUCCUGUUCACUUUCUCCUCUGCCCCCCCCCCUUUCCCCCCCAAUACACAUACACACAGAUUCAGUCACCUCAUCUCCUCUCAGACAAACAAACAAACCAAAAAAAAAAAUGCAAACAAACAAACAAACAAACAAACAAACAAACAAAAAAAACCAUACCUCAGCCAGAGAAUGUGAUCGUUCCCUUCACUCACUGCCUGUCUGCCUGUCAGUGUGUGAGGGGCCACUUCUGAGCCUCUCGGCUUCAGCCAGCACUAACUUCCUGACCGCCUCCUCUCCAUCCUCGCACUCCUCCCCUGCCUGUGCUGACCCCUCCAAACCCCCCAACUUCCCAUCCCAUCGUCCCCCAGCUGCAGGUGCGGCACACACAGGGCUGGGUCACCUGACCCGCAGCUGACCUAUCAGAGGAUGGGAUUUUGCACUUAAAAAAAAACGAUAGAGUACGGGAAGGCCUUGUCCGGGUCAAGAGCUGUGCAUUUGUUGUUGGUUUUUGUUUAUUUUCAUUUCUUCUUGUUAUUUACUCUUCGUCCCCCAUUUUGUUUUUAUGUUCUCGUCUCUGCAAAGGGACUGCAGCUAUUGUAGUAAUGCACUGGGACUUAGUGUUUUUAGCUAGUCUUAAAAAUGAUCUACCUGCACUGUCCCUUGCCCCCCCCCCACACCUCUCCCAUGGGAGUUUAUAGACUCUAAGCACCAAGUGUGAUGUCAUCGCCUCCUUCAACCACUAGAUUGGUGUUUCCAUGGCAGCAGUGCUGCAGCAAUACACACCCACCAACCAGGUGUUUUUCUUGAGGUGGAUCCCCAGUUCAGGUGACGUGUACUUUGAACUGCCGAGAGAUAGCAGGCCUGUUUUAGCCUCUUUAUGAUUUAUCAGUGGUUCUUUUGAUGAUUUCAAACAAAUUAUCAUAAUUUAUUAUAUUUAAUGUUGCCUAACCCAACGCUUUUACACACACUCCCGCUGUUGAAAUUUUUUAUAGAGAAGGCAUUUUGUUUAUUGAGAACUGUGUGCAGCAUGAGAUUGUAAAAGAGCAUUUUUUGGAGGGGGUGCGGGAGGAUUUGGAAUAGGGCUUGAACAUUUUUAUCAGGGUGCUCCAUCUCUUUCUCUCCUUCUAAAGACAGUGACGUUUGUGUGUGUUGUGUGAGUGUGUGUGUUUUUUUUUUUUUUUCAUGUCAUCUAUCCAAUGGAUAGAGAAAGAGAAGGGAAAGACUAAAGCAAUCUUAAAAGCACAUUCCACAUCAGACUGAAGAGGGAGCAGUCAAAAUAACGCAACUAUCAUGGUGGGUGAGGACAUGCCUGCUUGUGUGUGUGUGUGUGUGGGAUGGGAUGGGGUGGGGGGGUGAAUGGUUGUAUGUAGUGUGAUAGAUUACAGUAAAUGCAUGGGGAUGCAGGAAUCGACAGAAUUCACCCAGAGGUCACCCAACAACACAAAGGGGACCGCUGACUUAACUUUGUCCUUAACUUUGUCGGUUGCUGAGGCUCAAUGUCACUGUGCGUGUGUGUGUGUGUGUGUGUGUGUGUGUGUGUUUGUGUAUGUGUGUCUGUCUGUCCUCAAAGCUGUACAGUACUGCACUGCAGCACCACUCUUUCUGUCCUGCCCAGACUGCUCGUUUGUUAUUUCUGCAAGAUACAGUCAUUUUUAUGUAAAUAGUUCAACAGAGAGAAAGAGAAGAUAUAUCUAUAUCAAAGUAUUUAUAUUUGAUCAAAAAUACUUUAAAAAAACAAAUAUAUAUAUAUAAAAGUAAAUUCAUAUAUAUACAUAUAUAUAUAUAUAUAUAUGGAUAUUUAAGUAGGAAUUGCCUUAGUAGUUUUGUUUGUUGUUCCAGUUGUGAGGUUUUUAUGUGAAACUUAUUUUGCACACAGCAUUGUGAAUCUAUUUGGCGUUAGAGCUGUUUUAUACUUGGAAUAUUUGUGUACAUCUAGACCUAGAACACAGUGCUAUUUAGAAUGAAAAACAUUUGAUCGGUUUUGUUGAUAUCAAACGUUUCCUACAUUUUUUUGUUCUUGUACACAAAGGAUAUAUUACAAAAGUCCUCUCUAACAAACAAAAAAAAUGCAAAUAGCUGAAAAACGGAGACUUAGGAGACUUAAUUUAAAAAAAAAAAAGUUUAUAUAAUGGGAAAAGGAAAGCCUUGUUGGGGUGCAGUAGAUGAUGCUGCUGGAGUGUAAGAGUCGUUGGUGGGUUAAGGCCCCUUUGGAGUGCCUGUGAGGGUAGAACAGGAAAUGGCUCCUCGUUUGCUGUUCCUCCCCUUAGUUUUGGCAGUGUGUAAAAUGGAGGACACGCGGGGAUACGGAUGAGCCAGGGAGUGAGAGGAGAGAAGAGACUCCAUAUCUGAAUGUAGUUAGUCAUCCUCUUCCCAACUCAUUGCCAGUAGGACCUCACUCAGCCUGCAAAAUUCUCAAGAACUUGAAAGAAAUGCACCAAAAAAAAAAAAAAAAUGAUAAACUAAAAUGUAUUGCUAUAAUACAUAUUAUUAUUAUUAUUAUCAUUAUUAUUAUUGUAUUAAUAUUAUUAUUCACUAUUUGUGUGUGGAAUGCUGCUUCUUGUGUAGUUUCUUUAUCAAUAAAAAAAUAAUAAUAUAUUAAAGUUUGAAAAGUAAAGAUGUAGCCUUGGGAAUUUUGGAUAUGUCAAUAGCAUUAGUGGCGGUUAGCAUUAGCUUGCCUGAUAAUGUGCACCCAGCUUCUGGGUGCGUCGGCAUGAUUUGUAUCAUCUUGUUGAAAUGUGAUUUUUGUGCGCGUGCCGUCACUGUCUAACAGAAAGAGAGAAAGAGGGGUGGGGGUUGAGGGAGGGGAAAUAUCAGGGUUUUUUUUUUUUUUUUCUGUGAAUAUGCUUGGUAUUCGUUUUACUUGUUACAAGUAAAAAAAAAAAAGGUGCAGAAUGAAUCAAAAAAGGCUCUCACUCUCAAAAGCUGUUCGGUGUGAAGCCAUGUCAUGUCUUAAAGCCACCAAUGCACCCUCCCUCCACAUGAAUACCCUGCAAAAACACACACACACACACCCACGCGCAUUGUUAUGUGCUCCACCCCCCUGCCCACCCCAUUGUUAGCGUGGUCCCGUCCUUUUCAUCUAUGGUGCAGAGAGUCAGGUUUGGCUUUCCCCAGCCUCUCUGUAGACUCCUUUGGAAGACCUUUUUGGUGCUUCGACAUCUGUCCUUUGCAACAGAUGUGGGAUCUUUGAAAAAAAAUUACUACUGUAUUUAUUAAUGAUGGAAAGAAAUAUACAUGCCCAGAGUUUGCUAUCGCUCCGUCCCAUCACAGCUAUGGAUGUCACCGUGGGAAGCAAAUGUCAUUUUGUUCUCUUCUGUUUUUGUAUAUAUAGGUUUAUGUGCAUAGGGUACAAAAUGGCUGAUGCCUUAAAGACACGCAAAAUGUAUGGGAUGAAUAUAACGUGACAAAAUAUACGUUUAUGGUUAGCAAACGGAUGUAUAUCAGAAAAGGUCAUUCCUGCCUGAGACUAUGUCUCAGCUGUGUUGCUCUCUCCAGAUGCACACAUGCAUACACACACACAUACAUACACAAAUGCAUAGACACAGGUCGGAACAGACUCAGGCCUCAGUCAGGUGUGAGUCAGAUGUUUGUGUCUGCUGUAGAAUCAAAGAUGGACAUCUUUUUGUGCUGUCACUUUUUAGAAUUGGACAAUUUGGAUGUUGAGAAAAAGAAAUUCAAUAAAAAACAAACAAUGUUUAAAAAAAAAUCCCCUGAUCUCUGUUGUUCUUAUUAAUAAAAAGAAAGUCAAUACUAGCAAACUGUAAAGUUUAUUCUUUCCAAGCACUAGCCACUUCAUUCUUUUAUGUUUAACCGUUAGUAUCCUGGAUGGUCAGACAACUGCCAACCAAGUGUCCAUCAAGCUGUUGUAGGGAUUCCGGAAUUAUAGGCAGAGCAUAUUUGGACUACAAAUCCCUGGC